AUGUCGGUUGAAACAGUUGAAAACGAAGAUGCUGCAGGGCUGAAGGAAGCUAUGAACGAAGCUUUUGCCCGUUUUGGCAUCACAAACUUUGAAUCGAAACUAGCUGCAACUGGUCUAGUUGGGGUAAGUUUUAAUAUGGGGAGAAAUACUGGUUUAGAAGCUCGUCUAAAAGAAGUCGCUCCUUGGCUCACUGUCGUCCACUGCUUCAAUCACCGUCUAGAAUUUGCUGCUGCCGACGCAUUCAAUGCUACGUUUUUUGCACAAGUAGAUGAAAUAUUGCGUCAACUGUUUUCUCUGUACCAGAAGUCACCGAAGAAACUGAGAGAGCUGAAAAAACUAGCUGAAGUGUAUGGAGAAACUGUCUAUAAGCCCAUCAAAGCAAGUGAGACAAGGUGGAUAGAUCACAAAGUGCGCGCCACGAAGGUUUUCCUGGAGAACUACGGCAUGUAUAUGCAGCAUCUUGAACAGGCCGCAACUACUUCACCUGAUGCCCAAAAGCAGAAGAUAAAUGGAUUCCUAGCUAAAUGGAAAGACGCUCGUUUCCCAAUGUAUGCUUCUAUCUUUGUGGACAUUAUUGGUCCUUUCGUGUUUUGUCUCUUGGACUACAAACUGACGACAAUGAUCCAGUUAAAGCUUUAA